AUGAGGAGCAAAAGGGCACGUCAACAACUCGCCAUGGAGAUUAUCGCAUGCUCUGCGCUUGCAACGCCAGGACACCACCAUCUUCACGCCCUCCUCGAAGCUGUAGGGCGCAUCAACUACCACGUAAUCGCCUUGCAGGAAACAAAGUCCAGGAAGACGGACGUGAGGCAGAUGAGUGAUGGCACACUCAACGUGGUGAAAAAGUUCCAUCACGGAAGUGCCUCAAACCUCGAACAAGAACUUGGAACGAAUUUUGAAACCUACCAAGGAUCUGCUAGAGAGGAUGAGAGCACUGGGGCUGGAUCCGGCUGCUUCACAUCUCGAGCGUCUGAUCUCGGACGUGCGAGGUCAUAUAAUGAGAAAUGGACACUAAAAACUCAAGAAUGCCCUUACGAAGCAAAACGUCCUCGAGGGAGGCCAACGACCAGAUGUGCUGACAUGUUCGUUGCACGGGUGGACCACUUGAUAUCAGCUGGUAACGAGCAAUGGAUCUGGACCUCGCGAACGACGUCACCGCAGCUCAAUACCAUCAUCGUGGAUGACGCUAGCGAGAGACACAAACGAAUGGAAACAAUGCUGGGGCCUACACAACGAGUGAAGACAGGCCAUCUAAGUGUCUAA